AUGAUAAUGCACAACAAAACUGUCAUCUCCCAGUUCCUCCUCCUGGGCCUGCCCAUCCCCCCAGAGCACCAGCACCUGUUCUAUGCUCUGUUCCUGGCCAUGUACCUCACCACUGUCCUGGGGAACCUCAUCAUCAUCAUCCUCAUUCUACUGGAUUCUCAUCUCCAUAUGCCUAUGUACUUCUUUCUUAGCAACUUGUCCUUCUCUGACUUCUGCUUCUCCUCUGUCACAAUGCCCAAAUUACUGCAGAGCAUGCAGAGCCAGGACACAUCCAUCCCCUAUGCAGGUUGUCUGACACAAAUGUACUUUUUAAUGGUUUUUGGAGACGUGGAAAGUUUCCUUCUUGUAGUCAUGGCCUAUGACCGCUAUGUGGCCAUCUGUUUCCCCCUUCAUUACACCAGUAUCAUGAGUCCCAAACUCUGUGUGUGUCUUAUGGUAUUCUGCUGGGUUCUUACCAUGCUGUAUUCCAUGUUGCACACUCUACUCUUGGCUAGAUUGUCAUUUUGUGAAAACAACCUGAUCCCCCAUUUUUUCUGUGACAUAUCUGCUCUGCUCAAGUUGGCCUGCUCUGACACUUAUAUUAAUGAAUUAAUGAUAUUUAUAAUGGGGGGACUUGUUAGUGUCAUCCCAUUCUCACUCAUCAUUGUAUCCUAUGUAAAAAUUGUCUGCUCCAUCCUAAAGGUUUCAUCUGCUCGGGUUAUCCACAAGGUCUUCUCCACUUGUGGAUCCCACCUGUCUGUGGUCUCACUGUUCUAUGGGACAAUUAUUGCUCUCUAUAUAUUUCCAUCAGCUAACAACUCCACUGUGAAGGAUACUGCCAUGGCCAUGAUGUGCACUGUGGUGACUCCCAUGUUGAACCCCUUCAUCUAUAGCCUAAGGAACAGGGAUAUGAAAGAGGCCUUGAAAAAUGUCCUUUGCAAAAAGGAAAUCUCUUUAUAA